ACUGAUAUAAACCUUGUAGAAGGGACGUUUGGUAUAUGAUCUCGGAUUUGCCGGUACACAUAAGUCAGCACGCUGGGGCCGGUAUUGAAUCGUCGUUUUCCAGCAAGUUAUACAUUAGCGGAGGCAUUGACAGGGAUUAUGUGUGCAUGUCAAAGGUUUACUGCUAUGAUACGAUAUUGGAGAAAUGGUCUGCUUGCGCCCCGUUGUUGAAGCCACGAGCGGAUCACGUGAUGCUGGGUAUAGGAAAAUAUUUGUAUGUUUGUGGAGGCUGGACACAAGAAGAGAAUGCUAGAGCACUGCUGGACACUAUAGAGCUUUAUGAUCCUGAUACCAACACUUGGACGGAAAUUACUAAGGUACCGACUCCAAGGUACCACGCGGGUAUAGUUUGCGUGGAGAACAAGAUCUACUUCAUUGGCGGGUUCCACAGCGACGCCAUGUUUGACAGAGACACAGCGGCCAUAGAGUAUUAUGACAUAGAUACCAAAAUGUGGACUGUAGAGAACAAAUACCCCCAAGACGUGUGGGAGCAUACUUGCGUCACGUUGUGCAUACCCAAGUGCAGAGACGAUAUGGAGGUGAUACCAGCAGCCGAGAGUUUCGUUUAGAUAUACAGGGUGAUCGUAAAUAAGUGUCCAUCAUUUUUUAUUUGCCAUUUUCAUAGGAGUCAUUGAAUGAAAGGACCAAGGUAAGGGUAUUUUAAUCAUUAGUAACAUUUAAUGUUAUUAAUGAUUAAAAUUGUUAAAUAUACUUCUGAUAAAAAUAAAUAAUUUAACAUAAUUAUUUAAUAACAAAAAAAAUGGGUACGCUACUGGAACAACUCAGUCAAAUUGACGUUUCCUAAUUGUUUUUGACAAGUAGUAAGCACAAGUAAUUAUUUUUGAAGUUUCUAAUAUUAUUCACAAUAUUGUGGCCCUAAUUCAAGACCUGACACAAUGUCUCUCCAGUCUUAGAUACUUUGCACAAAACCAGUUAUAAAAUAAACAAAAAUUAACGUAAAGUAAGCUUAGAAAUGCCAAAAAAAUCAAAUCAAAUUCUAAUGCCUAUUUCUUCUGUAAUAUAUUAUGAAUAUAAAAAUAGUCUUUUUAGUCCCUCCUUAGUCUUUUUGAUCAGUGGUAGGAAUACUUAUUAACUUAUUAUUUUUUAAGUCUAUCAAUUGCCAUUCCCUUACUUUAGCUAUUCCUUUGCUCAAAAACAAGAACAAAAUUAUUAACUGAAACUUACGAAUUGAGAAAAAAACGGUGUCAGGGUUGGUUUGGAAAUAAUGAUUGUUAAAAUUAUAUGAUGAAAGUCAUCGAUCGUUGUUCCAAGCCCACCGUGACGCCUUUUUUAUUAUAGUAUUUUCACAGAAUAAGGAAUUAUUUUGUGAUAUUUUUAUGUACAUUUGGAAGUUAUUUUUAAUUUUCAAUUAUUGUGUUUUUGUCACUUGUAAAUAUUGUAAUAUAAAUAAAAUUAUUUUAUAAGUA